GCUGUGGCUAACUGCUGACAGCAUGAAAACCUUCUGCCAUGAAAACAGAACAUAGGCUGUCUCUGCAGCACACAUGGCCCGGGCUCAGGCCCUGGUCCUCUUCUCCUCCCUGCUGACUCUCUGUGUCUCUGAAGGGAGUCCCAAGGUGUGGGUGCAAGUCCAGAUGGAGGCCACCAAGCUCCUAUCCCUCUCCCUCUCAAUCCGCUGUGGGGUCUUAGGAACUGACCUCAUCUCGCUCGUAACAGUGAGCUGGGAAGGGUCUGUUGAGGCCCAAAGGACCAAACUAGCUGUGUUACAUCCAGAACUUGGCACCCAGCAGUGGAUCCCUGGCUCCCAGGCCCGCUGGGAAACCUCCAACAGUGUCUCUCUCACUCUGACCCUGGAACAAUCCAAAGCAAGAAACUCCCUGACCAACACCACGUUCUGCUGUGAGUUCGUUACCUUCCCUCAUGGCUCCAGGGUUGCCUGUGGAGACCUGCACAGCUCAGAUCCAGGACUCUCAGCUUCAGCUCUUCAAGGAGACCUGGCCAGGAUCUUGGGAACCUCAGGGUUUCUUCUGCUUGGUAUCAUCUUGAUGCUCUAUCUCCUGUGGCACCAGAAGCGUUGGUGCCAUCCGCCACCAGCACCCAGACACAGAGGCAGGCUCAGCGUCCCUGCGUGGCCUCUGCACAUGGCAGCUUCAUCUCCACCGAGAAUGGACUGUAUGCUCUGGCAGGGGAGAGACUUCCCCACACGGUUCCCAACAUCCUCGCUUCCACAGACCGUCUGGAGCAUGGUAGCCUGGAAAGAUGCUCGGGAGUUCAAUGACAGACAUCCUCGGUUCUCUCCAGCUGUUUGGGACAUCCCUCUGCUGGCAUCUUCAUCCUGGACACCAGGCCUCUUCAGGAAUCUUGUGUUGUUUCUAGGCCUCUGAUAAGACCACACCCUGCUAGCUAGGAUGUGGACACAGGUGUGAGAGGGGGGCAGGGCGAGGGCUGUUGCAUCCUGUUUUGCACGCAUUUCCAGCCUUGGCUUUAACAGUGUCAUUAAAGUGAUCUUUCUUU